CCAUUUUAUAUUGCCUAUUUUUGUCUUCCGGAAUAUGUGACUCGAAUAGUUUCAAUGUUUUCAAGGGCAAACGAUAAUUAGGAGGUGUGCUACGACAAGAUGAAGCUGUUGGAACGCGAAAUUUACACCUCUUGCGCGAUCAAAGUGGGCUGGGUGUUAAAAUGACAGAUAAACAAACAAAUUCGCUCCCCGAACAAGAUGUCCUGUGACGGAGAGUCUGCCGAACCGAUCCGUGUUGUCGUAACGGGAGCUGCCGGUCAGAUCGCUUACUCGCUGCUGUACAUGGUAGCGAAGGGCGAUGUGUUUGGACCGAACCAACCGCUGAUUCUGCAUUUACUGGACAUUCCACCGAUGAUGGGCGUGCUGGAGGGUGUCGUGAUGGAGCUGGACGACUGCGCCCUGCCACUGCUUGUCAGCGUCGUCCCGACCGCCGAUCCGGCCGUCGCCUUCAAGGAUGUCGAUGCGGCCUUCCUGGUCGGUGCGAUGCCCCGCAAACAGGGCAUGGAGCGCAAGGAUCUGCUGUCGGCGAACGUGAAAAUCUUCAAGGUGCAGGGCGAAGCACUGGACAAGUAUGCCAAGAAGGACGUGAAAGUACUGGUGGUGGGCAACCCGGCCAACACGAACGCACUGGUUUGCUCGCACUAUGCCCCUACCAUCCCGAAGGAAAACUUUACCGCCAUGACGCGGUUGGAUCAGAACCGUGCCCAGGCCCAGAUUGCCGGUCGGCUCGGCGUACGCAUCAUGAAGGUGAAGAACGUCAUCAUCUGGGGUAACCAUUCAGCUACCCAGGUGCCGGACGCACGGAACGCUUCGGUGGAGGUGAACGGUACGGUAAAGACUGUACCGGAAGCCGUCGCGGACGAUGAGUUUCUGAAGCAGCAAUUCCUUGAGACGGUCCAGAAGCGUGGUGCGGCGGUCAUUGCCGCUCGGAAGAUGUCUUCAGCUAUGUCCGCGGCAAAGGCGGCCAGCGAUCACAUGCGCGAUUGGUUUGCGGGAACUCGCGACGGAGAGUACGUGUCGAUGGGUGUCAUUUCCGACGGUAGCUACGGUGCACCGAAGGAUAUUGUGUUUUCCUUCCCGGUCCAGAUCCAGAACCGGCAGUGGAAGAUCGUGCAGGGUUUGUCGGUGGAUGAGUUCACGCGCAGCAAGCUGGACGUGACGGCGAAGGAGCUGCUCGAGGAGAAGGAGGAAGCGAUGGCGGUGUGUGCCGCGGAUUGACUAGUUAAACUGUAAAGCAAAAUUUUGUACGAACCAAAACACCCUAUUCCUGCUGUUUACUGAUACAUAUAUAUCACGCAUUGGGAGGAACUCGAAACAGAAGAACCGGACGUGUAGCGCAGAAGAACCGGACGUGUAGCGCGUGUAGAGAGUGUUGAAUUGUGCCCUCCUCCCGUUUUUUUUCCUUUGUCAAUAAGAUGAGAUAGAGCAAAGAGACACCAAAAAAAAUUGUUUUCCGUUUCCUGCAGGGUUUUUUCAUUGUUCAAAGUUUUGUUUUACAGUGUUCGUUAAUCGGGAGACGUUAUAUGCACCCGCGCACCAUCGUCUACACACCUGAUAUAAAGAGUUGCUUCUACUAAUGGUAAUAAUAUAGAGUUGGCCUAUAUCUGUGCACCGGCGGUAGCACAUUUAGAAAGAAAAAGUUUGCAACAAUUUAGGAAAUUAUACAUCACACACCGUAUUUUAGGCGCCAACUAACCAAUUUGUUGAACGAUAGAGAAGUGAACAUAAAAAAAAACAGAAUAAAGAUAAGAAAUCAAUUCAAAGCGAAAUAAAAAUAUUGUAAUUCAAUAAA